UUGGCUGUGGGAUCACUCCAUUUUGGAAACAGCAGUUUAAAGCCUUAUCCCUCUUUGUCAUUGUGUUCAAUAGACUGUCAGGGGAGCGUUGGAAUUAACCAGGAAUCUCUCAACAGAUCAAUUCAAAUCCAUUGAAUCCGUGUGUGGAAGGCGGGAAGAGCUUUUGGAAAUGAAGGGAAUCCCGACAAAGAGUGAAUGGCGUAUGGCGUUGUUAUAACAAGUGGAAGAAAGUGAAGCGGAUCAAGGUGUAAUGAGAGGGCAAUUUGUGAGCAGAUGAUGGACGUUGAGACGUCGUAUACAGAGUUCAUAAACUCUGAUCGUACAGGUCGCAGGAACGCAGUGCCAGACAUUAAAGGAGAGGCAGUAGCGAUGGGGACCAGUGAACUAACCAAAGACAUGGCUCAGAUGGACCUGAAAGCUGCAGAAGGAGAUGCUUCCGGAUCUCCUGCCCCUGAAGCAGAGGCAUCUAGGAGCCAGGAUAAACAGGGGACAGAGGGACCGUCAUAAAGAUCAAGAAUGACCUGGAGGAGAGAGGAAAGCUGGGGAGUUCUCUCCUUUUCUCAUCAAAAUUCUCCUCAUCUUUGCUCAUCAGGCAGCAGUGAAGAGCUCCUCUCAUAGACUGCCAUUAAGGUGGACGUCCACCCAUUGCAUGCUGUUGAGUGCCUAAGAGACAGAUGGAGAAGACAUUGCCUUUGCAAACACCACUAAAUGGGACGAAUCUGUCGAGGACUGUAUUCAUUCACAGCGCUGAGUGAGGGAAGAUUGUUUUUUUCUAACGGAGGUCGAACAGAAGCACAGGCGUUUUGAUAUUUUUCCAUCCUAAACUUAAACUAAGCAGUUCAAUCUUGUGUUGAGUUACUGGUAAAACAAAUACUCACGAGCUACUGUAAACUAUAAAGUACCAAAUAUAGCCUUUUUGUUACAGGAUGGCUCAGUGGAAUUAUUAUUAUUAUUAUUAUUUUUUACAAUGACCACUAGUUGAAGGAGGUCUGAUUAUAGAACAGAACUCCCAGAUAUUGCCUGAGGUCAGAAGAGAUUUGUUUCUACACUUCAUUAUAUACUAUUACACAAAUGUAACAUAAUUAACAAUAUUUAUGUAGUAUCUGAGUUACUGUUUUCUGCUCCCGGCACUGUUUUGUGGUUUUUGUCACUCUCAGAAACACUCGUUGAAACACAUUGCAUUUAUAUUGUGACCUAUAAAUCUAAGUACCUCAAAAUAAACA